AUGGUAGUGGGUGUAUCUUUUGUUCUAUUACUAAUUGUACUUUGUCGAUUGACACAUACUGAUGAUAAUCAUGAGCGAUUAUUAUUAAAUAUUUGCUUUGAUUGGUCAUGCAAAACUACAGCAUAUUUACAAAUGUCACCAUCAUUUCAAUCUGAUAUAUAUGACUACGAUGUGGUUAUUCCAAAAAUUUAUACAUUCUAUACAUAUAAUGUUUCAAUGCUUGUUCAAUUUUAUGUGGCGAUGAAUGCAUCUUUUCAAGAAAAUAUUGUCUCAAAAUGUUUAGUGUUUAAUCGAUUAGACGAAGUUCUUUAUACAAGUGAACUAGCUUAUUCAUCGAAUGAAAUGAUGGCAUUAGCACCAAUAUUAUGGCAAUCAGCGGCAUACUCUCCACCCGAUGACACAAAUACAUUUACUAUUCACUUAAGAGUCUAUCAGUUUAAACCACAUGAUAAUCCUAAGACGAGUGCUCUUUAUAGAAUACGUUUUCAUAGAAAUGGUUGA